AUGAGCAGAUAGAGUAGGAAAAAAGUAAAAUAUGUUUUGUUUUGUUAUUUUUAAGAAUCAUGGAUUUGUUUAAUAAUUAAAUAACUAAUGAAUGAAAAAUUAUGAAUUACCUAGUAGUUUCACAAAAAUAUGGUAGCUGAAGUAGUACUAUUUAUGUAUUAGAAUUUAGAAAGGGUUACCUGUGAUUUUGUGCUUGUGAUCUAAUCUAAUCAAAAAUGAAUACAAGUGGUCAAAAUGUUUAUUAUGAAGAUAUUCCACCAGAAAAUCUUAAUGAAGAUGAAUUCUUUUGCACAGAAAAGAUAGUUCCUAGAAAAAUAAAACCCCAAAAUCUUGUGCUAAGGCUUAUGGAUCGUGAGACAUAUGGUUCCAGAAAACCAGGAUCUCAUCUGCAUGUAGUUCGAGAAUUCUACCAGAAUGUCUUUCCUAAUUUGACAAUAGUUAAUGUGGAAAAACCACCAUGUUUUCUGAGAAAGUUUAGCCCCGAUGGAAGACAUUUUAUAGCUUUUUCGGCCGACCAGACUUCACUUGAGAUUUAUGAGUAUAGAGGAGCUGCUGCAGCUGGUGACCUUGUUGCUGGGUACCCCUCAGACCUGCUAAAUGCUGAUGCUGAUGCACAUCAUCGAAUACGCACACAUAUAUUUUACAGAUUUUUCAAGCCAAAAUUCACAGUCAACGUGUGCCAACAAAGAUUAGUUUCUAGAUCUGAACGUAACUCCGGACAACUUCCAUUUAUGGAGCAGCAACUAAAUCGAGAAUGUAGCCUAUUCACUGAAGAUGGGCGUUAUGUGAUUGUUGGCUCUGCAGCGCACAUUCCUGAUGACUUUAGACCCCAUUUUUAUCAAAUACAUAGUAACAAUGAAGCAGUGACACCAACUAUUAGGUCUGCCCUUGAAGAUUAUUCUCUCCAUUUAGUGGAUCUGCAUCAAGGCAAAUUGUGUGAUACUAAACAUUUUAGGAGUGAUAAAAUCUACCUUUCUCAUAAUCAAGGCAUUUAUCUUUACAAAGAAGUACUUGCUGUUCUAUCAGUACAGCAUCAAACAAUACAUUUGUUUCAAAUUGUAGAGGGAAUGUUGAUAGAAAUCAGAAAAAUCGGUAGAUUUUGCUACGAUGAUGAUCCAUUCAUUGUCAGUUCAGUUUUUGCUCCUGUGAUGAAUGAGCGACCUUAUUGUGAAGAAACUAUAAACAGCUUAAAACACAGACUGCUAGUGUUUCUAUUUAAAAGGGCAAAGUCAAUAAGCGAUGAAUCAAAGGAUCCUUUAGAAUUGAGAAAGUUUUACAAAUAUUUUGAUAUGUUCAAAAGUUUGAGAAUGUGGAAAAUGCAGUUGUUAGAUGAAGAUCAUUUGUUCAUAAAGUAUGCGAGCGAGGAAGUAGUGACGUUAAGGGUGGCAGAACCGAACAGCCAAUCUUCAUUUUUUGUGAUUUACAACAUCAGUGAGAGCAAAAUUCUAGAAGUAUAUGAAAACACUUCAGAAGGGCUGCUGCAACUGUUUGAAAAUUACUGCGACUGUUUUAGAAAUGCCAGACUAUGUGCAGAUUCCCAGUUUACAUGUUCUCCUUCUAACAAUCUGUAUGCGAGGUUGACCCAACAGAGGUUCAAGCAGACGAUCGUGCGGGCGAUAUACGGCGGCCGCACUGAAGCCACCAAGAGGAUAUUGGCGCAGUUGCCGAUAAGCGCGCAGUCGUACAGUGGGUCACCGUACCUAGACUUAGGACUCUUCAGUUACGACGAUAAAUGGGUCUCUGUUAUGGAAAGACCUAAAGCAUAUGGAGAGUAUCCAAUACGGUUUUAUGCUCGAGAUUCUGGAUUGCUGAAGUUCAAAAUUUACGCAGGAGUAUUGGGCCAGUCCGUGCCGGCGAGCGCGCGACGCCUUGUCGCCUUCACAUUCCAUCCAACUGACCCCUUCGCGAUAAGCGUGCAAAGGACGAACUCGGAAUAUAUUGUUAACUUCCACAUAAGAAAUGCGGUCUUCACAGGCGAAGGGGAUGUAACGGCGAUAACGUUUCCGGAUGGUAGUGUCCAGUUUUAUUUCGUUCCUACAAUCAUACAAAACCAUUUGCCUUGUCUAUGUAGUGUGAGAAAUCCGUACGGCAGUUUAUUUCCUUGUCCACCAAACGCAGAAAUCUGGGUUGUUCGGAGCAUUACUCAGCCACAAGCAAAUCUAAAUAUUUCUGUUCCAGCUGGAUAUUUGAAUAGUCAACUUCCACCACCUUAUUCGCCACCUAAUUACUUUAUGAACACAAAUCAUGAAUAUGCACAAAAGUUCCACAAUGAUAAAUGGACAUCGACAACAGACAUUCUUUACUUUUAUCCAAGUUUACGUCGCGAGAAAUGCUUCCAAUACUGUACAGAAACUCAAACUGAAAUACCGUUUCAAAAUAAUAAUCUUGUUGAAAUGGAUGUAACAACCUGUUAUUGUGAAUCAAGUUCUCAACAAAAGCCUGUUAAUAUUGAAUGUAAUUGUUGUCAUCCGAAAGUUUUGCACAUAGCCCAGUGAUAAUUGCAUGAAUGUCGAUACCUAGUAAAAGAAAAUAAAAUACAUGACAAAAAAUCGGUGAAAAACUCUAAAUAAGAAAUACACUCUGACUUUAUAAUGACGCAUGCCAAUCAAGCAACAGAAAUAUUGCAGUGUGAUCAAGAAACACAGACUGAAGUAUCGAAAUUUAAGAAAAAAUAAACGCCACAGGUCGUAAAUACUAAUCCAAUACAUAAAUGGGUUACAUUGCUCAAGUCGGAGUUGCUCUUCUACGCCUGCAGUGCAGUAUAUAUCUACAUUGAAAACCGAACGAUCGGUGAUUAAAUAAAACGACGUCUUUUGUAAUUAUAGUUUCUUAUAAUACAUUUAUCCCUUAUUGUUA